ACCGAUUGUUUAUCAGUGUACACUGUAGAAUUAUUAGGAGUCCUAUUGGCACUGCAGUGGUUGGAAAAAAAAUCAUCAGAGCCAAGAUGUCGCUAUAGCUUCUGACAGUCUAUCAGCACUAUCAAGCAUACAGUCUGGGAAAACAUCAUGCAGACAAGACAUUGUUUACCAAAUACAUAAUCUGCUUCUCAUACUUCAUGCUAAGGGGCUGAGUGUUUCCUUCUUCUGGGUUCCUGCACGUGUAGGGAUAGAAGGGAAUGAAAUUGUGGAUGUACUGGCAAAAAGAUCUAUAAAACAUGAAACAGUUGAUAAAAAGUACCAUUAAGUACAGCAGAGAUUAAAACCAUUAUAAAGGGACACGCGUAUAAAACAUGGCAGGAAUACUGGGACACAGCUGACACUGGAGGACACAUAUAUACCAUACAAAAACAAAUAGGCAUGAGUGUGAGGCAGGGCAGAAACCCAAAGGAAGAGAUGAUAAUUACGCGUCGUAGAAUAGGUCAUGCUGGCUUAAAUCUAGCAUUAAACAGAAUAGGAAAACACCCCACUGGACUCUGCACACACUGCAGUACACAAGACACGGUAAAACACAUUCUGUUAGACUGCAAAAGGUAUGAGGAGGAAAGAACUGAGCUAAAGAUGCAGAUUGGAAAACAAAACAUGACACUAGAGAACUUGCUGGGGAAAACAUCUGGGAAAAUGCACCGCUCCCUAAUAAACUAUUUAAAAAAUACUGGGAUAAGUGAGAGACUUUAGUAAUCUAGUGGAAAUAUCUACUAUAUUGCUAUUUAUCUCUUUAUUUUCUUUUAUUUAUGUAUUAUUGUUUUGGUAUUAUUAUUAUUAGUUUGAUUAUUUUAUUUUUAUUUUAUUAUAUUUUCUUUAUUAUUAUUAUUAUUAUUAUUAUUAUUUAUGUAUUUUAUUUUUUCUUUUCCAGCCAAUCCACUGCCCACACUCCAGUCCAGUAGGAGGCGGUAAUGCACCUUUAGUGGUUUGCCAAACGCCAUUAAAACAAAAAGAAGAAGAAGGUUUCCGGGGUUACAGCUCAAACACAGAGACACUUUCCCCGCCAAUGUAGUCCCUGUAGGCGGGACCACCCUCUCUGUCACGAUGAUUGGUUAUGAUUUGACCAAUGGCGACUUAUCUUGAACGGCGGCAAAAUAUUUAAAAGUAAACAGGUUUGAACGUUCAUAGGGCGCAGUUUGGUGUUUCGCUACGUGUUUGUGUGUAGAUGGUAAGACAGUGAUUUUUCCCCCGUCAUUAUAAGAUUUUAAUCAGCAGAAUGGUGGAAAUGGAGAUAUCGUGUAUUAGCUCAAAUACCGAUAAAGGGUUUCGUGAAAUUAUGGAGGCAAAGUAGUCAGUUAAUAUACAUUACGAUUAAGCACAACCUGCAGGAUAAAUGAGCAAAGAGCAGAGUACAACGUCCCGAUUACCAGUCAUGUCGAAGAGGCCUUUCUCCAGCACCACUGAUGGAGAGUAUCAACAGCCUGCAUUGAAAAAGAUUCGGAAAGUUGAGACUGGUCUUCAGAGGCUCAAACCUCCUACCAGUGUAAUCCCUCCAAAGUGUCCUGGGCCAGUCAAAGCAACCAGCAGAGCAGCAACUGUGGCUGCAGCUCCCUCGAGAGGUGCUGCAAAAAAACCAUCUGCACAUGCACCAGUAAUUAAAGGAGCAUCCAAGAGACCAGGAUGGGACUUGAAAGGAAAAGUCCUUGACCUGGAGAACAAACUUCAGAAUUACCAGGGCCAAUUGAAGUCUUUUAACCAAGAAAAUGAGAACCUUAAAGCGUCAAAUGCAGAAGUGCAUAAAAACAAUGUACAGGCCAAAGAGGAGAACGAGCAAUUAAAGCAGCGCCUUAGGACCCUUGAAGAGACUCUAACUAAUCUGGUAUCUGUGAAAGAGGAGUUGGAGAGAACUAUUAAAGAAAAAGAUGGCCUGCAGAAAGAUCUGGAGAAGCUAACUGAAGAAAAUGGGAUUUUGCUGAAGUUAAGAGAUGACCUGACUACUGUAAACGGCAAUAUACAGAGCCAGCUUUCUAUUCAGACUUCUGCUCUGGCCCACUGUCAGGACAGUCUCCGAGUGUCUCAGGAUACAGUAAAAAGUUUGCAGGAAUUGGUGGCAAGGCAGCAGGAUGAGCUUCACUGUGGAGAAAUGGAACGCAGGAAACUCCAUAACACAAUUCAGGAGCUGAAGGGUAACAUCAGAGUUUUCUGCAGGGUACGUCCUCUCCUUUCCAACAAGGAAGCAACCAUCCCACACAUUCAACUGCCUACUCAUGACAACAAGUCUAUAACACUUGCAAAAAUGGAAGAGUCGCAUGUGGGACGGACUGCGGAAACUAAAAAUUACAUCUUCAGCUUUGACCGUGUAUUUGGGCCACACAGCACCCAGAGUGAGGUGUUUGAGGAGAUCUCCCUCUUAGUGCAGUCAGCUCUGGAUGGCUACAAUGUCUGCUGCUUUGCUUAUGGCCAGACAGGUAGUGGCAAAACGUUUACAAUGGAAGGUGGUGACACGGAUGACAUGUGGGGGGUCAUUCCACGAGCUGUCCAGCAGAUUUUCAAGUCUGCCAACAUGCUUCGUGAGCAAGGCUGGCAGUAUACCUUUACAGCCAGCUUUGUUGAAAUUUACAAUGAAACCCUGCGGGACUUGCUGUAUCUGGGCAAACCUAACAAGAGGCCAGAGCAUGAAAUCAAAAAGACCACAAAUAAUGGGGUCACAGUCACCAAUCUGAAUUACCAGAAGGUCACCACUGAGGAUGAGGUUUGCAAGUUGAUCAUCUUGGCAAACCAAAACAGGUCCACUGCCCGAACAAACAUGAAUGAUCAAUCCUCUCGUUCCCAUUCAAUUUUCCAGCUGGACAUUGACGGAGAAAACACUGGCAGAGGCACCAAGUGCAAAUCCUCUCUUUGUUUGGUGGAUUUGGCUGGCAGUGAAAGGAUCCAGAAAACCCAGUCUCAAGGUGAAAGGUUUAAGGAAAUGACUGCCAUAAACUCUUCGCUCACCAAUUUGGGAAUUGUCAUCACUGCUUUAGCCAACAAGGAGAGCUUUGUGCCCUAUCGCAACUCAAAGCUUACCUACCUGCUUCAGGGGUGCCUGGGUGGCAACAGCAAAACUUUGAUGUUUGUAAAUAUUUCACCUGAAGAAGAAAGUUUUGGUGAAUCACUUAAUUCACUGCGCUUCGCCAGCAAGGUGAAUGACUGUAUUAUUGGAACUGCCACGGCCAAUAGGAAGUAGCAUUUUGUUUUUUUCUUUGACCAUCUGAAGGCACCGUUACUGGUCCAUCUUUAUGCUUUUUCUGUAUCUGUCUGCCUUGCAUUUUGAAGAUGGUUUUUAAUCCAUUUUAUUGCUUUAUAUUUUAAUCUCAUAAUUUUCAUUUUUACAUUUUGUGCAAUUACCUGGACAUGAUAUCAAAAAUAAAUAUUUUUGAUCAAUGCA